CGCCCAAACCUGCGUAUAAACGACCUUCGCACUCUUCGCAUCAUUCAACUUCAAAAGGACCAGAAACACCGGCUGCUGCUGCAGAUACACCACAUAGGAAAAGGACAGCGUCGCAGUGGUUAGACGACGCUUGUCUGUGCGCUACAUACUUCCAGUUCGUUGCAUGUUUGUUCGAGCGUGCUUCCAAGCCCUCCAUAGGUCUUUUGCGGCGACCUUCUCCGCCCGAUAUCGGCCUAUUUCCUUUCAGCAGAUCGUCAACAGGUGUCUUAUAUCUUCAGUAUUGCGCUCCCGCCAGACUCAAAGUAUGGCUGGCCCAAAGGACCCUGAUGCGGAGAGCAGCAACAGUCAAAUAGGACCGCAAGAUAUUGAAGACGCACCGCCAUGGAAGGCGAUUCAUGACGAAGCCGUAGAGGCUGGGAAGGACACGUACAAAGACCCAGGGACUGGGUAUUCGGUUUUUACGGAGCUGUCCCAUAAGAAGCGGGGAUAUUGCUGCGGAAAUGCUUGCAGACACUGUCCAUUUGAUCGAGAGAAUGUAGGGAAGCCAGAGAAGAUACGAGAACAAGCCGCUGCAAUGCGGAAGUUACGAAAAGCACGUAGAUCGUCAUCAGAUGGGUCGGACAGCUCCGAAUAGCCUCAUUGGGGAUAGAGGGCGACUGUUGUGACUACUCGGAUAGGUACUCGGGUGGCGGAUACUGCCCAACUAGACAUGGUAGAUCGCAGCAGUUGUUUCAGCAAGGCAUUAGACGCUGAUGAUCUUAGACCUUUAAGCAAAUACAUCAUGCUAGAGAAGCUAAACUAUCUACAUGCACAUAUUGAAUUACGGGAUAUGGCCCGUCUGUGCUUUUCUGAAGGAUACCGCCUGAAUGAUACCGCUUAACG